AAUACGUUGAAAUCAUCAGAAGUCCGCUAAUGCCGCGACAGAGACCCCCCCGGCUCUUGUUCUCCAGCUAAACUAACAAUUAAAGCACCACCACAUCCAAUCCUCCACAAUUCAGUCAGUCCAAAUCCAUCUGAUCCAGAGUACGGAGUACGUACUCUGUACACACACUUUCAUUGCAGAACAUCUCGCAGCAAAGGACCCCGAAGCAAGCACCAGCUAUUACCCACUGCCACUCACUCACUCAUUGCCCACAUUUCACGUCGUCUUGUGUCUUCUGUAACACGCCGUCCACUCGGGCCGGUGCCCAUAGCCGGUCCUGGGAACUUUGGCUUCUUUCUACUGUACAGUUUUAAUCGACAGUCUAUCCAAAUCAGUUCAAACAGCAACAUACGGUACUGGAUUCGCCCCAGUACGGUACCUACUGGCUCUAGCUCUUAAGUUUCUAGGUUCUGGGCCUUCAUCCCACACCCACGACGCCGCUUUUCCUUACCUGCAUCUCCCCCCAAGACCCAAGCCCCUCCCCUAGCCUGCUGUACCCAUCUCCAUCGCCAUCCCAUCCCAUUCCCAUCCCCUGGUCUCCUGUCCUGUCCCGCCCCUGUUAGUUGAGCCCUGGGCUUGUCUUGUCUUGUCUUGUCGCCCUGUUGUGAUCCAAAUAACGCCAGCCCGAAACUCUCCACCAUCUGCUCGUCACUAGUCUCUAGUGUGGUGAGGAGGGACUGACGGUCAGGCAAAGCAUCCCAGGCAGGGCUCACAGCACAGGCCAACGCAGGCCAGGCCAUGCCAUACGCAGACAGAUCAGGGCACUCACUCACUCUACUGUACACUUCCAAGACAAGUCCCAUAGGCCAAGCUUUCCCCGAUACAUAUUAUAACAUCACACCCAUGUUUUGAUGCCGCCCUUGGCCCUGCCCUGCAAAAGCAAAGACGAAAUAACUAACAAGACCAAGACCAAAGAGAGACAAAGUCAAAACUCAAAGCCACACGCAGUGGCUCUAAACACCCGACUCUACGGUUCACUUUAACUCCCACUACCUUGCUCUAAGCUUUCCAAGACACACCAUCAUCUACAUACAUAGUACCCCGACACGCCCCUAGCCAGUCCAGUUCAGCCAGCCAACUCGAUUUAUUCUAAUACUGGACGUCGUUUAGCUGGUCUAGCUUUCGUACAUACCAUACAAUAUCUCUUGUCUGUCUGUCUGUUCUGUUGUUGCGGAUUUUGCCUCCUUACGUUACGCUUUUUCUCUUUUGCACGACAAAUGGUUUAUAUCUCUUCCUACUUUACUCUGCUCUACUCUAUCCUACCCACGUCGCACAUCUCCAUUGUCUUGUCGCCCCGACUUGGAUCUUGACCUUAUUUACCGCCCAACGUUAGCCCAUCGUUGCUUGCUUUUGUCGCCCACCGUCACGACAUUGUCCCCACGAGCAUCCCUCCACCCCGCGAUUCUCCUCCCCAUCGCGCGCAAACUCCCAAACUCCGAACAUCUACCUAUAUAUCAUUUACUCGAUCGUUUGCGACGAUCUCCCGACUCUCGUUUAUCUGAACUUGCGAACCGAUUUUUCAUGUUGGCCGCCGUCAUCGUCAACACUCAACGUUCUUAGAGGUACCAACCUCGGAACUGUACUGUACUGCUUAUAAUGUCAAACGACGACCCUACUGUUCGCCGAAUCUUACCGCAACAAUCCCAAAUGAAUUCCUUUUCCUUUGCGCCGCAGCAAUAUACGCAGCGCGAGACCCAAAAGAACUAUGUGUUCGUUGACGAGCAUAACCGCCAUAAGCGGUUGAAAGUUAUGAGGGCUUGCGAAGGUUGCAGAAGACGGAAGAUCAAAUGUGACGCUGCGACUACCAACACAUGGCCAUGCUCGGCCUGCAUAAGACUCAAGCUUCACUGCGUACGGCCAAAUGGUUUCGAUGGCGCCAACGACUCGACGACUUAUGACACAACACCCAUGAACCCUUCAGAUCAGUAUCAGCAAAUGCCAAUGCAACAUCAAGUAAUGAACCCAGGCACAAAGAUCUCGCCAGCUGCUAUGUACGGUGCUCCUCAGCCAGGUUACCCUGAUCCAAGUGCCCAAUAUCAGCAUGUUCAGUACGAUACUUCUCAGCAAGCUGGAGGCAUGCCUUAUGGUGCUGUUGCGCCUUCCGGUUCAAUGAUGGAACAGCAUUAUGCAGGCCAGAAUGUGUUUCCCACUCCCCCAAUGCACCAGCCACCACCGCCUCCUCAAGCUCAGCAGCAACCCUCCCCAGAGGCCUACUCACCUGGAGAAUAUCAACAUCAUGACCUUGCAGAUCUCUUGGGAACACUGAAGGUCAAUGAAACCGGUACAGCUCCAUAUCUCAGGAACAAGGCAUCCUUCAGACGUGAAGAGGAGCCAGCUAUUGAAGACGAUGAGGAGUUCCCAGCCAAUUUGCCUAAGCCUGCACCUGGUCACAAGAUUCGCAUACCGCCCGAGUUGAUGCCCGAUGACGACACAGCACUCAAUUAUUUCGACCUUUAUUUCACUCACGUUCACCCUUACGUUCCUGUGUUAUGCAAGACAGUCUUCUACCAACAAUGGAACACAGAUCGAAACGCUAUUUCGCCUUUGAUUCUGGAAGCUAUCUUUGCUAUGGGUGGACGUUUGGCCGAGGACCCGGGUGAGGGUCAACAAUGGCUUGCCCUCGCUUCCCGACACGCCGAUUCUUUCAUGGACAUUCCACGUCUGAGCACCCUCCAAGCCCUGCUUAUGAUUCUCAAAGCUCGCGAAGCUGCACCCAAGCGAGGUUACUAUUAUCGUUCUUGGAUGACUGUUGUACAGUGUGUUCAGAUGGGCAAGGACCUGGGCUUGGAUGAGCAUUACGAGGACCACCAAGCAGGCAUUUCUUGCGAAUUUACCCCGGUGGAGUGCCAACUCCGAAAGCGAUUAUGGCAGCUGGUCUUUGUCUGCGAGGUUAUGGUUGGAGCUCCCCAAGGGCGACACGACCACGCAGUGAAACUUAACACUGUGGAUUUCACCGCUGCGAGACCGGUUCCAGGCUGUGAAGAAUCCGAAUACCACAUCUCGCGCAAUUUCAGCUACUUCUCUCAGGUUGUGCGAACUGUUGCUACCAUGAGCAAAGUCUACACAAGACUGCGAAGACGAAAGGAUUGGGGCGUUGACCCUGAAUUCCAGCAGUUGGGACAAAGCUUCAACACUUGGCUGACAGAGCUACCUCCGGAUCUGGCCAUUUCCUUCCCACCAGAUGGAUCGCCUCCUUGGAUUCCCUCGCACUUUAUUGGAAACAUGCACGGAUACUACUACCUGGCCUUGAUUCUGUUCCAUCGACCUAUCCUGUCAUUCCUUGACCCUAAUUCCCCGGAUGGGCAAUGGAAACGCCAUAUGAUGAUUUGCUACAGCUCUGCCAAGGCAUUGUGCCGUCUCCAGGAGGCAACUCUCAACUCAUUUGGACUUACCGGACUCCAGUGUAUGCAGCGAGGCUUCAGUUUCUCUCUUUACGCAGGCCUCUCUUGCAUUGUCAUUCAUCUGGUAAGUUCCCAAAGAGGAUAGCUGUCGACACAAACUGACUCAUUCUCAAUAGGUUGCAAUUGUUUCACCAGAUCCCGAGUUCAACACUGAUGCUCGCGAGUACUUUACGAGGCACAUGAGGAUGUUGGAGAAGGUGAUGGCAGCAUGGCCGAUGCCAGAGCUGGAGAAGCAGAUCAAUGCACUACGAGAUGCUUUCUCAGCAGAUGUUCGAAAGCCAUUCGUCCUGAAACCCAGCUUUCCCUAUGGCAGCCCUCACCCUUCCACGCACUCCAGCCCUCCUCGCGGUAACGACUCAUUCCGACCAGUAAUCCACCGGACAGGGUCCAUUGAUCAACAUUUGGAUACACACGGUGCUCAACAAGUCAGUUAUACCAACCACCCCAUUACACCUCCUAUUUCCGCGGGCCCUUUGGACAGCAAAAGUGACUCCCCAGCUGUACAGUCGCUCGUCAUGAUGUCGCAAGGAUCACAGGCUCCUGGGAUGCCCCAGAGCAUGUCGAUGACGGACCAACCCGCAUGGAAUCCAUCGCGACUAUUUGAACAAUGGAACACCACAUUUGGUACGCCUACCUCUCACACACAAUCCAGUUCCACCCCACCUCACACGAGCCCUCUUAACGCGUCGUCCUCAGGUGCCACUGAAGUUCCCACUAUCCAGGAUAUCCAGGCAGUUCAAGCUUCAAUGCCUGCUGGAUCGCAUCAAAUCUCGCCAUCUCAGUACUCGUCUGCACCGGUGCCAAACUUUGUCACCCCUGCAAUGUGGCAAGAGUCGGUUGCAAGCGUUUACGAGGGUGGGUUGAAGCGAGCAUGGGGCCAGUGAUGAAUAUACAUACACUGAUGAAAGGAUGCUAUUGCUGAUUGAGCUAUCACCACUCAAGGAUGAAUACUCCUGAAGCUGUUUCCUACUAAGCUAAAGGCGAUCUGUCAACGAGCUCUGUGCUGGGCCUGGCCACAGCAGCAGAGCUCUUCUUGACGAAUCUGCUAAGGACAUGGCCCUAUCAAGUUAUUAGACUUGUCGCAGUCCUUGAUUACAUGUUCCUUCACAUACAGAACUUGAAUGCAGCCAGAAGAAGGAAGGGAAGGGCUUGUAUUAUUGUAUAGAAACCGGUUGAUUACGAUGGUUUGACAGGAUUGACAAGAACAUAUAAUGAGCCAUGAUGGAGGCGUUGAGAAUUAUUUAGGCCCACAAGCAACAAAUGGAAAGGGCCCGUACCUACUAUGAGGUGCGUUUGUUUCGGUUGGACAGGCAGGAUCCAUGUACCACUAUUUGUCUACGUGAUUGACGACCUGGAAGGCUUCUGGCGGAGCAUUGGGAACAAAGGAAAAACAGAAAGGAGUCAUGGCUUCUGGAUUGGUUCUAUUUGAUAUGCAACGUAUAAAUAUCAUGGUUGCGUGUACUGGGCGCAUUGUUUGAGUGCUUGAUUGAUCUGUACUCAUGUAAUGGUGAUAUGUGUGCUAUUGGAGUGACCAGUAUGUAGGGGUGUGGUCUUGACUAGGGUCGUGAUACGAAGUCUUGAGUUGAUGAACUCGACUUGCCAUUGGACGUCGAUCAGAG